AACAAGAAAGGGGAAUUCAAACUUAAAGUGUGCAACAAGCAAAACCUUGCGGUGACUUUGUUUAUUUUUAUUUAUUGUUGUUUAAAAGAAUUAUUAAACAGAAACUAAUUAAAAAAAACCAUGGACAAACUAAAGAAAAAAAUCACAACAGCAUUCAAACUGAGUGGCUAUGUCAUCCGUUCAGAAAAUGCCACUUACCUCGCCGAACAACUGCUUCCCUUUGAAGCCUCAGAGCACGACAAAUGGUUAACGACGGUAAUCGAAAACAUCCAAAAUCUCAAAAUAACUUCCACCAACAUCGAUCGAGUGGUUAUUGACAAAGCCAUAGGAGAAAUUAAUCGAGUGGGCUUGCAGGAGCAUGAGACAAUUUUCGAUGUCAUUGAUGCAUUCCAGGCUCCACGAUUCGUCUAUAAUACGCAGAGCAAGAAGUUCGAAUACGAUAAGAAACCCCGCUCGGUGCUGGCCGACCCCGAGAUGCAGGUGGGGUACCUUGAACAGCGCUACAAUAUGCUAUACCAAAAGACUAUUCGCCACGAACUCUUCUCCCCGUCGAUUAUUGAGAAGACCAGCGGUCAGGAGGUGAAGAAGUUCAAACUGCUCAAUGUGGAGAAUCUACUGGCUUCCACUGAGUUAAAGGAAUGUGUGGUAUUGGGUCAACUCAACCAGAUUGAGGAGGGUAAGAUGUUUCUUGAAGAUCUCACGGGAUACGUUAGGGUAGAUCUUACCUCUACGCGGUAUCACGCUGGAUUCUUUUGCGAGGGUUCGUUCGUUUUGGCCGAGGGUUCAUACGAGAACAAGGUCUUCAAAGUCGAAGGCAUGGGAUUCCCGCCAGCGGAACCGGCUACGAGCAGUCGUGCAUUCUUCGGGACGGCUAACAGCUGGGGUGGUAAAUCGGAAAAACUGCUCAAGUACUCGGUUGCUCUUCAGGAGGCUGAGCGAACAAACACAGACGCUACGAUGGUCUUUCUCUCUGAUGUACACCUUGAUGAUGCAGAAGUCCUUAAAAAGCUUAAGAAACUCUUUAUCGGAUAUGACUCCUGUCCACCAGUGUGCAUUGUGCUGAUGGGGCCUUUUUCUACAAAAGCCAAUAACUUCUUCCAAUUGGUGCCACUGUUUAAGCAGCUAGCCGAAGCUGCCAGUGGCUGUGACCAGCUUAAGAAAGAAACUGAUCUGAUUCUAGUCCCUCAUCCCCGUGAUCCGAUUGAAAUGGACAUAUUUCCGCGUCAUGGCAUCCCACCGCCCUUGUGUAGCGAUUUGCUCAAAGCAUGGCCGCGCACCAAGUUGGUCUCAAAUCCAUGUCGAUUGCAGUAUUGCACUCAACAGAUUCUGGUGUUUCGAAUGGAUCUGAUGGCGCGCAUGGCUCGAAACGCCAUCCACUUCCCGGAAAACAAGGACAUAGACAAUCACUUCGCUCGCACUCUUAUCUGCCAGGGUCAUCUGACGCCAUUCGCACGCUUUAUAAAUCCAAUUCUCUGGGACUAUGAUACUUCUAUGUGGCUGUAUCCUCUACCCGACUUGGUAGUUAUCGGGGAUUCUUGCCAGUCCUUUAGUAUUACGCAGCAUGGUUGCACGAUUCUAAAUACAGGAUCGUUUCCGAAGUCAGGCUUCUCAUUCAAGAUGUAUAUUCCUGCUACGAAAACGAUCGAGGAUUCUGAGAUUCCAGACGGAUUUCCUGAAGACAAUGUUGCGCCUGCUAGCAGCAGCGAAGAGGAGGAGGCAGAAGAAGAAAAUGUUUUAGAUCAACAAGUAGUGGAGGAGGAUGUAGAACAGUUGGCCGAGAGUGAAGUGGUUGAUAUUGAAGAUUCGGAGAUUCCAAAUGUUUCUCCUAUGGAAAAUCUAGAAGAAGACACAGAAAUACAACCCGAUCCCUAUGAUGAACUUCCGUCAGUUUCUGGGUUGAAAAAGCACCAGAUUCCUGGUGCUCUUACAGAAGAGGAAGAAGCACAAAUAAGAAUGGUUCAAGAAUUGGAACUGGAUUCCGAUUCAGAUUGAUGAAUUUGUUUUAAUGUUUAAAAGGCUUUAUGGUUAGAAGUUGCUGAAAUAAUAAGAAGAAGAAAAAGAACGUGUAAAGUAAAAUAAAUUUAUUUUUGUUAAACAA